AUGGUAAAAAAUAAAAUUCAUGAAGCAACACAAGAUGCUUUAGUUCGAAUUUGGUGGAUUUUGAGUUCUGUCAAGCAAGUCGCCGGCGGAGUAGAAGAGGGCCUCGGCAUCCUGAAGCCAGAUGCGGCGGGCCUCGUCACGGGAAAGAGGCGCCUCGAACAAGCGGUACUCCGUCGCCUCCUUGAUAGCCCUCGUCGCCGGCCUGUUACUCCUCGUCUUUUCCGACCAAGCCCUAAAUUUGUAGCUUUCUUCUUGAGCAAUAUUAAUGAGAGACGAAGGGAAGAAAUUACAACUAAAAUAAGCCAAUAUGUCUAG